GGAGUUAUCAAGCAAACGAUACAGAACUCUACCACCAGUAUCCAGUCAUACUAACGCCAGGAUACACAACUCCCAGAAUAUGAACGAUAUGCCAGACGCGCGCUUUGUUUCAAAGAGCGCGGACAAUUUAUCAAGUCGCGAGAGUUUACGAGAUCAGAACAUAAACCAUGUAAACCUGUUUAGUCCUGGGAAAACUACAGUACUUCAAGUCAGGUUUGGUAAGAAAGGUGAAAUCUACGUUCAACCUCCUACUGGUGCCGGGUCCAGAUCACCGACGAUGUCAGAAUGUAAGGAUAUUAUACAUUAUCUCGAGGACACGAACAAGAAACAAGGCCAAGAG